AUGGAUAGGGCCCAGACGUCAGCGGCCCCCGAGCUCCACGGAAUCCUCGAGCGCCGGCGUCUGAAGGCGGAAGGAAAGGUGGACGCACGCAACGAGGGCCUAUCCCCUCCGAGCCGGCAUCCGCGGGACCCUCCGCUUGGCACCGCUUCGGCUCCCGUGCGGCUCCCGGUUUCGCGCCAGGUGGCGCCGGCGAAUGGGACAGGUCAGAGCGGCCUGCACCAUUCGAAGUCGAGUCCGCGACCCUUCGCGGCAGGCUACCGGAACGGCACAAAGCCCUUCGAUGAGAGGAAAGGACAUUUGGAAACGGCUGAGGAAAGAAUCAGUUCCAUGGCUGAACAAAACUAUCGAUUUUCGGCCGAGGUAACCGAGUUCAGGCAGAGGCUCCUGGAGGUCGCUCCGACUCUUCCGGAGCGUGAGCGGGCGGGUCUCAUCCAACAGGCCGAGAGCCUCCUCCGGGAGGCCACGUCGAUGCUGAGCGCCGGGCAGCACAUCCAAGAGGGCAGGGAUCGUGCCAGGAAGGCUGCAGAAGCGGAGGCUAUGCAG